AUGGUUGGCACACAGAAUGCACACAAUGUGAUAUCGAUCUCAUCCGAUGGCAAGCAAGAUACACUGGAAUUGCAGCAACGGCAAUCGAAGCCAAUUGCUAUCACUUGCAUGUUCUUUUCAUCGAAUGAGAUUAACAAUCUGGCAAUGGCAAUGUUUAUUCUGCUUAUCGACAUGGAAUACGUUCGGGUGUGUCUGAAGUCUAUGAGAAGCAUUUUGCGUCCAGUGACGGGAAUAUCAACUCAUCUAAAUCAAUCUACACCAGAUUUUGGUGAUUUGUUCCUUACAUCGUCCAUUGAUUGGACAAUUAAGUUAUGGAAUCUUAAGAACCAAGCCACUCGUUCUUUAAGCCUACUUCAUCCCACAACAGCUCCCUGGCCCUGUAUAAACAAAAACAUUUUCCAGUCAUCAAGACGUUUAUUUAAGAUAAGAUGGAGGUUUAUGUCUAUUAAUCCAUCUACUUCUGCUUUGCUGCAUUAUGUUUAAUUGGAUGAAAAAGCUACUAUUGAAAUCGACAAUCUGGAGAAUCGAAGUCAAAUCAAUUCAGGAAUGCUGUGAUUAAUAACCAGGCUAAUCAUAAUUUGCAUAAUGAAGAACUCUUGUCUAGAGGAGCUAUACGCAUGUGGCACAAUGAGUUGAAUGAGAUAAAAUUUAUUAAUUUUGUUUUGUUUUUAAUUGAACCAAUAUUGUUUUAACUUUUUGAUUGUAUAUUAAAUAUUUAUGCAAAGUGAAACGAAUUUGUUUAACAACAGUUGGAAUAUAAAGUAAAAUUUGUUCAAUUGUACUUAAUCUAUUGAAUCAUCUCUCAUAUAGACUCAAUUUACUUAUUAUGUUUUAACAGUAAUUUUUUUCAAUCAAGCCUUACAC